UUUUUAAAUUGCUCAUUUGGAAGUGGUGGUUGGGGCUCGACAGAACUCAUGGCUGCAUCCAAAGAAGUACCAUGGAAAUGGGUAAAAUUCUCCUUGACACUGGCCUUUGCUGCUAUCUCUGCAUCAACAGCUCUCUCUGUGUAUUUUUGGAGAAGCAAAUGGAGAAACGUGAAUGAGAAGGUUCGAGAGCUUGAGUUAUCUUUGAAAGGGUCACUGGAGAAGUGUGCUGCUGAGAGGCAAGGUCGUAUCAGAGCUCAACAGGCUUUAAGGAAAGCACUGGUCCAACCUAAGUCUGACAGUUUGGAGUUGACAUCUUAUCCCAUGGCACCUAUUGCCAUCAUUCAGUCAUGCUUCUCCACCAGAAAUGGAACACCGAGACAACCUUUACUUGUACCUCUUGCCAGGGCACGCUUGAUAUUUAAUCUGGCUAGGGUUCCUCCAGCAUCUCUUCAGGGUCUUGAAGAGUAUUCUCAUUGCUGGAUUAUAUAUGUAUUCCAUCUAAAUACAGAUCUUGAAAAGUUAUGGAAGCAUCCAUCUAAGUCAAAGUUCAAAGCAAAGGUCAGAGUUCCAAGAUUGAAAGGUGGAAAGAUGGGAGUCUUUGCUACAAGAUCUCCACACCGCCCAUGCCCUAUUGGGCUUACUGUUGCAAAGGUGGAGGCAGUGCAGGGACAUACGGUUCUACUUUCUGGUGUGGAUCUGGUUGAUGGGACGCCCAUUCUUGAUAUCAAACCUUAUCUACCAUACUGUGACAGCAUUGAUGUAGCAACAGUCCCCCAUUGGGUAAAGGUGGACAAUCUGUUAGCUGUAGCUUCUGUUAACUUCUCUGAGGGAUUUUCCACUACUCUGGCUGACUGUUGGGCAACAGUGGAAAAGAAGUCGCUCUAUACAUCUCCUGAUGAAUUUCAAAGCUUGAUCAAGCAAGUGCUUUCAUGGGACAUAAGGUCAGUAUCUCAACGAAUCCAGCCUCAUAACUCCCCAUUGAAGAUAGAAAAUGGCAAAAUACUAGGUAAUGCUUCAGAUUUGGAUGUCUACCAAGAUCAAGAAGGCUCUGAAAAUGAAAGGCAACAAGUUUCUCUUCCUUGUGGUGACAUUAUGUAUCAUCUUAUUCUGGAAGGUCUGGAUGUUUCGUACAAAAUUGAUUGGAAUGGUAAUGUCCUUGUUGAGAAAUUUAUACCAUUAUCCCAUGUUGAAGACAGUAAUAAAAUCACCACAAUUACAGGACAAGCAGAGACAAACUUUGAUAAUGCUUGUGUGUAAGGUUUAACCAUC